AGUCGCUCUUCCCCUCACUCUCACUCUCAACUGCUACGAGGCAAUUUCGUGACAUCCAACAUCCUCACAGACCUUCAGAAGCUGUCACCCAGUACCAUGACGUCAGGUAUCUAUACGCUGUUCGACAUUCCCACUAAAGCACCGCGAAGGUGCUGGUCGAUGAACACAUGGAGGACAAGACUACUUCUCAAUUACAAAGGUCUUGACUAUAAGACAGAAUGGGUCGAAUACCCAGACAUCAAGCCACGGCUCAACCAGCACGUUCCUCCAAAUGAGCAAGGCGCUCAGUUUACACUUCCCGCCAUACAAAUGACGGACGGCUCUUACGUUAUGGACUCGUACAAAAUCGCCGAAGUUAUUGAGAGAACACACCCGGAGCCGAAAUUGCCCCUGGACCAGACGCUGCUGCUCAAGUUCAGAAAGAUCCUCAUCGACUUCAUGGGCGCGCUCACGCCCAUCUACGUGCCGGGAGUCGCACAAAGUAUUCUAGGCGAUGAGAGCAUCGAAUAUUUUCUCAAGACGCGCCAUGAGGACGUAGGCAUGCCGCUGUACGAAUAUGGCAGGUUACAAGGCCCUGGGUCGUUUGAGAGAGCCGAGCCGUUUGCGCGUCAGAUGACAGCACUGCUAAAGGAAGCCCCCUCCGGGCCAUACUUUUUGGGCGACACGCUCACCUACGUCGACUUCAUUUGGGCCGGCAUCUUGCUCUUUUUCAAGUGCCUGGGCGACGAGGAGUACCAGGAAAUACUAAAAAGAAGCGGGGAUGCCGAGGCACAUACUAGGUUUUUGGAGGCACUCAGCCCAUGGACAGAGAGGGAUGACUAG